AUGGGAAGUGUCAAAUUGCCAUCCUUUGAGCAUUACUGGUCCAAAAAUAAACUUUACAAGUUCCCAGUGUUUUCUAAGGUAAUGUCUCGAAAUAAGUUUCAGUUAAUGUUAAGGUUUUGGCACUUUGUUGAUAAUGAAACAACAGUUGGUGGACGCUUGAAUAAAAUUCAACUACUGAUUGAUCAAUUGAACGGGACAAUGGCUAACAUUUACACACCCGACAAGAAUUUUUCGAUUGACGAAUCAAUGAUGCUUUGGAGAGGACGCCUCAUAUUCAGGCAAUAUAUAAAAAACAAACGACACAAAUACGGCGUUAAAUUUUAUGAGCUUUGCAAGUCUGACGGCAUUGUUUUGAAUGUUAAAAUUUACUCUGGUGAACCGACACCCGACCCUCGUUAG